CCCGCAGAGUCGCCUGACUGAGCUGCUUGUUCUCUGGAUCUGCAGGAAGGAAUCAUGUCUGCGGAGAAGCUGGAGGAAUGUCGGCAGCGCAUCCGAACGCAGCUGGACGACGUCGUGAACUUCUGGCUCAAAUAUUCCCAUGACACCGUCCACGGGGGCUUCUUCACGUGUCUCGCGCGGGACGGGAGCGUUUACGAUGAGCUGAAGUACGUCUGGCUGCAGGGCAGGCAGGUGUGGAUGUACUGCCGCCUCUAUCGGACCGUGGACCGGUUCAGAAGACCUGAAAUCCUUGAAGCAGCUAAAACCGGAGCUGAGUUCUUGAGGAAGUUCGCUCGUGUGUCCAGCAGCGGCGGUCAGUGGAAAUGUGCUUUCUGCCUGACGAGAGAUGGGAAAGCCGUUAAAGUCCAGAGGACCAUCUUCAGCGAGUGUUUCUACGUCCUGGCCAUGGACGAGCUGAGCAGGGUGACCGGGGACGCAGACCUGCAGCUGGAGGCCGAGCAGAUGAUGGAGCAGCUGAUCCACUGGGUCCGGGUGGACUCGUYGGGUCUGGGCCGGCCCCAGCUCCCAGGAGAAGUUCCCACCAGCAGCAUGGCGGUCCCCAUGAUGCUUCUGUGUCUGGUGCAGCAGGUGUCCGAGGGCCGGCCGGACGCCAAGCAGAAGUACGCCGAGCUGGGCCGAUGGUGUGUCCAGCAGAUCCUGCAACACAUCCAGAGAGACGGAGCGGCCAUCUUGGAGAACGUUUCUGCAGACGGAGAGGAGCUGCCCGGUUGUUCUGGUCGGCUGCAGAACCCGGGACACGCUCUGGAGGCGGGCUGGUUCCUGCUGCGCUUCGCCGCAGAGACGGGAGACGAGCAGAUCCAGGAAACGGCCGUGGAGAAGUUCGUGGAGCUCCCGUACGCCGGCGGCUGGGACGCAGAGCACGGCGGUCUGUUCUACUUCCUGGAUGUGGAYGGCCGCUGCCCCACGCAGCUGGAGUGGAGCAUGAAGCUGUGGUGGCCUCACUGCGAGGCUCUCGUGGCCUUCCUCCUGGCCUACAGUCGCACCAGGAGACCCCAGCUGCUCCACAGCUUCCUGCAGGUGUAUGAUUUCACCUUUAGCCACUUCCCUGAUCCUGAGGGCGGGGAGUGGUUCGGAUAUCUGACUCGAGAAGGACAAGUAGCUUUGGAUUUUAAAGGAGGUCCAUUUAAAGCUACAACUCUGCUAUGUUUAGCCUUUAGCUAUCACUCUGCUAUGUUUAGCUUUUAGCUAUCACCCUGCUACAUUUAGCAUUUAGCUAUCACCCUGCUACGUUUAGCCUUUAACUAUCACUCUACUAUGUUUAGUCUUUAGUUAUCACCCUGCUAUGUUUAGCCUUUAGCUAUCACCCUGCUAUGUUUAGCCUUUAGCUAUCACUCUGCUAUGUUUAGCCUUUAGCUAUCACCCUGCUAUGUUUAGCCUUUAACUAUCACCCUGCUACGCUUAGCCUUUAGAUAUCACUCUCCUAUGCUUAGCCUUUAGCUAUCACUCUGCUAUGUUUAGCCUUUAGCUAUCACUCUGCUACAUUUAGCCUUUAGCUAUCACUCUGCUACGCUUAGCCUUUAGAUAUCACUCUGCUAUGCUUAGCCUUUAGCUAUCACUCUGCUAUGUUUAUCCUUUAGCUGCCACUCUGCUACAUUUAGCCUUUAGCUAUUACUUUGCUAUGUUUAGCCUUUAGCUAACACCCUGUUAUAUUUAGCCUUUAGCUAUCACUCUGCUACGCUUAGCCUUUAGCUAUCACUCAGCUAUGUUUAACCUUUAGCUAUCACCCUGCUAUGUUUAGCCAUUAGCUAUCACUCUGCUACAUUUAGCCUUUAGCUACCACUCUGCUACUUUAUUUUUAGCUGCAACUCUGAUACUUUUAGCUACAGUUUUGCAUCUUGUUUCCAUUGAUUUGUUAAUUUCAGCUUUAUCAUGUAUUUUGCUACCUGUAGUUACAGUUUUGAUGAUUUUAGCUACUAUUUAUGGUUUUAGCUAAUGUUUUGAUCGUUUUAGUUGAUAUUUUGCUUUUAUAAUUUUCCACUCAGUCUCAACUUUUUCAGCUUUGCUGUAUUUUCCCAGAAAAUGUCUUUCUUUCUGGAUGAAGUCRUGAUAUUUAGUGUUUUCUGUCAGAGAUUCUUUCUGCUCCACAGCAGGAAGUACUGCUUCCUGUGCUCACAACAGAAUUAUUUAAAAACAUUUUUAAACCAACGCCACCUUAGGGUCUCUAACUCCUUCACAGCUGUUUUAUUGUUUCUGUCUAAAAGGGAAAUAUCUUUAAACACUGUACAUUUUAUUUUGAGCUGCUCUGGAACUCAAACAYGAUCAGACUUGAUGUUUUCAUCGCUCCAGUUUCCCUCUAAAAGGUUAUAUUUUUUACCUUUAUGUGUUUGUAAUGAAAGAGAUAAACAAAAAACAAUAAUCUGUUUUAUAAUAUGCCUACAUGAAUAUUUCAUUAACACUUUAACCUCCUCAAUGAAAGAUUAAAUGUAUGAUAUUAAAGUUUUUAAUUGGG